AUGGAGACCCGCUACAACCUGAAGAGCCCGGCUGUUAAACGUUUAAUGAAAGAAGCAGCAGAAUUGAAAGAUCCAACAGAUCAUUACCAUGCGCAGCCUUUAGAGGAUAAUCUUUUUGAAUGGCACUUCACAGUAAGAGGGCCCCCAGAUUCUGAUUUUGAUGGAGGAGUUUAUCAUGGACGAAUAGUACUGCCACCAGAGUAUCCGAUGAAACCACCAAGCAUUAUUCUCCUAACAGCUAAUGGACGAUUUGAAGUCGGCAAGAAAAUCUGUUUGAGCAUCUCAGGACAUCAUCCUGAAACUUGGCAGCCUUCCUGGAGUAUAAGGACAGCGUUACUAGCCAUCAUUGGGUUUAUGCCAACAAAAGGAGAGGGAGCCAUAGGUUCUCUUGAUUACACACCUGAAGAAAGAAGAGCACUUGCCAAAAAAUCACAAGAUUUCUGUUGUGAAGGCUGUGGCUCUGCCAUGAAGGAUGUCCUGUUGCCUUUAAAAUCAGGAAGCGACUCAAGCCAGGCUGACCAAGAAGCCAAGGAACUUGCAAGACAAAUCAGUUUUAAGGCAGAAGUCAAUUCAUCUGGAAAGAGUAUUGCUGAGUCAGAGUUAAACCACUCUUUUUCACUAAAUGACUUACAAGAUAACAUACCUACAACAUUCCAGGAUACCACGGCCAGCACCUCGUAUGGAGUCCAGAAUCCCUCAGCAGCACCCUUUGAACAACCUACCCAACCUGCAGCUAAGAAUACCUCCAUGAGCCCUCGACAGCGCCGGGCCCAACAGCAGAGUCAAAGAAGGUCAUCCCUGUCACCAGAUGUAAUACAGGGCCAGCAGCCAAGGGACAACCAUACGGAUCAUGGUGGAUCAGCUGUACUGAUUGUCAUCCUGACUUUGGCAUUGGCAGCUCUUAUAUUCCGACGAAUAUAUAUGGCCAAUGAAUACAUAUUUGACUUUGAGUUAUAAUAUUAUUGUUUUGUGAAUUAAGAGCUGUGACUCAGCUGCUUCAUUAAACAUUCUGCAUUGGGUAUAAUCUAAAAAAAAAAAAAGAAAA